CAGCCCCGUAUCAAAAGACCCUCUACAGCUCUCUACAGUUUCUCGCUUUUAACAAGUCAUAAUUUUUCAAGUAGGUUGUUUCAGAUUUUGUGACAACUGAGAUUCUAUCAGAACCCAUAAUGUUUGCUUCUUUUUUGGUUUUGUUUUGUUUUCUUUUCCAUUUGAAGUUUUGAUUUGAGAAGCCUUUAAAGCGAAAGAAAGAAAGAAAGAAAGAAAGAAAAAAGAGGGGUUAGGAUAGUUCAUCAACAUUGUAUACAGUCUGUUUUUAUUGUCUCUUUCCUCUUCUGCUGUUGCAGGGUACUGCCAUUUUGAGGCACUUGAAAAUCUGGGAUUUUAUUUGGAAGUAUUAUUGAAACUUUCAUGAAAGGGUUGUCAUCUUAUCUAGUUUUGCCCUGGUUAGUUUUAUGAUGUUUUUUCUUUUUUAAAACAAGUGUUCAUUUUGAAUUUAUCCUUGAAAAGCUCUGAUUCUUCUGGAGGAUAUUGAAACAAAGGCAAGGUAGAUUCCUGAUAUUAUUCUCUUACAUCACUUUCUCCUUUUUGAUUCCCAAGAAAAUAACUCAUUUGCAAAUCAGAAGGAAAAUUUAAAUAGAAAAAAAAUUCACCUUUAACUUUUUGCUCCUCCUAUUUAUACCAAUCAAAGUUACUCUACACUUGAAAUCGUCUCUUUCUCUGCUCUGGUCUAGUUUUGGUCUUUCAGUUUCCAGUUUUUUGCUCAAAUUUUGAUUUUGAAUCUUUUGUUUGUUCUUUUAAAACUUUUUUGACUAAGUAGUCAUGGAAGAUCGGCAAUAUGGUAUUAUGAGCCAGAGCAGUGAGGUUGGUGGUAGAAGAUCAAUGAUGAAUGAAGAUUUUGAAGAAGAAGAUCUUUGGUCUUUUGUGAAAGAAAGUGAAGAAGAUUCAAGUCCUAAAGGGAACUCUGCUGAUUCUUCUUCUGCAUGGCGUUUCACCUCAGCUGCAAGAAUGAUUCCAAGGUCUAAUAAUAUGCCAAAGACAGCCCAUGAAGCCAACAACGUGGUUCAAGUUCAACAAUCAUCAGCUCCUAUGAACAUCCCUGAUUGGUCAAAGAUUUAUGGGAAAAAUGCAAACGUGGGCUCAUCAAGAAAUGGCUCAUGGGUUGAUAAUAAUGGUAUUAGUUAUAAUGAUGGUGAUAAUGAAGAUUAUGAUGAAGAGAAUAUGGUACCUCCUCAUGAAUGGUUAGCUAGAAAGCUUGCUAGGAACAAAAUUUCUUCUUUCUCAGUGUGUGAAGGAAUUGGAAGGACUCUGAAAGGUAGAGAUCUUAGCAAAGUGAGGAAUGCUAUUUUGACCAAAACUGGUUUCUUAGAGUAAUCUAUCUAAUGUCAUCACCACCAUCAAACCAUUAAGUUCAUCAAUCAUCUCACGGAUUCCAUUAAUCUCUUUUUGUUUAUUUUAGUCACUAUUGCUACUGAUACAGUAUGCAAUGGAGAGUCCAGCGGGGAGGUCAGGAACCAGAAAUAGAGAGUCCCUAAAAGAAGUCAGAGCUGCCCUUUUGAUGCGGGUUUUACAAGAAGAGAGAAACUAGGGAGAAAAAAAAGGGCAUUCUCUGAGAUUUUGUCUGUUAGUCGGGUAGAAUUUGUGUUUUGGGUAAAGGGAAUGCAGCUGUGGACUGUAGCCAGAGUGUGUAAAAGUUGAAUUAUUAGUUAAACUUCAUGUCUGCCUAAUCUUAUCUGCUUUUUGGCUGCUUCUGCAUCCUUCUACU